AUGUGGAUUACUGAAUUGAGCAUUUUAAUUCUGGCAAUUGGCGGCAGCCACUCACUGCUUUAUCCGCAGUCUUCUUCAUUAGGUCUCGUUGCAUCUGUGUCCGUCCCCGUCACUGAGUACUUGCCAGACCGUAGAGUAAUUAUCGAUUGGUGCUUUCAAAUGGCUUAUGAUCUGCCGUAUCAGCUAUCGUCAUUCUAUAAUAUACCCAUCUGGCCAGGCAAGCAUAGCCCCGUCAAAAAUCCUAAACGUUCCAUAGCGAACGACAAUGUUUCGUCCAUAGGCAACCAUUGGCACUCCAUUGAAGCAAUAAACAAUACCACGACUUUCGGUAGUAGACAUCCAAGUGAUUUUACAGCAGGAGAGCUCUACCGAAGUAUAGAAGAUCUUUUGGUCAGCUAUGGAUUUGACGAAACAUGCUUGCUGCGAAGUGUCUGCGAAUUGGCUAAACACCCAUUUGACGAUGACAAUCAAGGGAAUAUUCUGACCGACAUUAUCACAUUUAUUUUAACACCGUCACAACAUGAUGGAUUCGAUUCGACCGAAACCCUUUACCGUGAAACAUAUGAGGCCGCCGAGAGAAGUGGAUUUCUCGGUGAAAACUGUGCCUAUUUAUACCCAAAAUGUGAAACCGACUUACUAAGUUUGCUGAGCCAUAUACAUUUGUAG